GAACAAAGUCAAGGUCUUCAAGAUUACAGGUGAGUUUCAUCACGCGUGCUCUUUGACUCGUCUUUACAGCGUUUGUUGUGGGAUUUAGCAGAUGUUUUGAUGCAGUAACCUAAGAGUUUUUGUUAUAGUUUUGUGUGCCUCGUUGCCUGUCCCUUCUUACUCACUAAUAAGUCAGGAGACUUCAGUGUGAAGAUCGCUGGUCGAGAGGAUGACAGCUCGAGUGCUGUUUUAUUGUGUCUGUGUGCAUGUUUGAGCACAGCAGACGCUGAAGUUGCAGUGAAGCCUGCCGCUGAACCGCCCAAGUCUCCAGUGACACCUGCUGCCAAACUGCCAGAGCCUCCGUUGAUGUCUGCCACCAAGCAUCCAGUGAAGCUUUUUGCCAGAUUGCACAAGCCUCCAGUGAAGCCUGCUUCCAGACUGCACAAGCCUACAGUAAAGCCUGCCGCUGAACCGCCCAAACCUCCAGUGAAGCCUGCUGCCAAACUGCACAAGCCUACAGUAAAGCCUGCCGCUGAACCGCCCAAACCUCCAGUGAAGCCUGCUGCCAAAUUGCACAAGCCUCUAGUGAAGCUUGUUGCCAGACCGCCCAAGCCUCCGGUGAAGCCUGUCACCGAACCGCCCAAGCCUCCGGUACAGCCUGUCACCGAACCGUACAAGCCUCUGGUGACGCCUGCUGCCAAGCCUCCUGUGAAGCCUGUCACCGAACCACCCAAGCCUCCGGUGAAGCCUGUCACUGAACCGCCCAAGCCUCCGGUGAAGCCUGUCACUGAACCGCCCAAGCCUCCGGUGAAGCCUGUCACUGAACCGCCCAAGCCUCCGGUGAAGCCUGUCACUGAACCGUCCAAGCCUCUGGUGACGCCUGCUGCCAAGCCUCCUGUGAAGCCUGUCACCGAACCGCCCAAGCCUCCGGUGAAGCCUGUCACCGAACCGGCCAAGCCUCCGGUGACUGCUGCCGCCGAGCCUCCAGUGAAGCCUGUCACCAAACUGGCCAAGCCUCCGGUGAUGCCUGCUGCCAAGCCUCUGGUGACGGCUGCUGCCGAGCCUCCAGUGAAGCCUGUCACCAAACUGGCCAAACCUCCAGUGAAGCCUGCUGCCAAAUUGCACAAGCCUCUAGUGAAGCUUGUUGCCAGACCGCCCAAGCCUCCGGUGAAGCCUGUCACCGAACCGCCCAAGCCUCCGGUACAGCCUGUCACCGAACCGUACAAGCCUCUGGUGACGCCUGCUGCCAAGCCUCCUGUGAAGCCUGUCACCGAACCACCCAAGCCUCCGGUGAAGCCUGUCACUGAACCGCCCAAGCCUCCGGUGAAGCCUGUCACUGAACCGCCCAAGCCUCCGGUGAAGCCUGUCACUGAACCGCCCAAGCCUCCGGUGAAGCCUGUCACUGAACCGUCCAAGCCUCUGGUGACGCCUGCUGCCAAGCCUCCUGUGAAGCCUGUCACCGAACCGCCCAAGCCUCCGGUGAAGCCUGUCACCGAACCGGCCAAGCCUCCGGUGACUGCUGCCGCCGAGCCUCCAGUGAAGCCUGUCACCAAACUGGCCAAGCCUCCGGUGAUGCCUGCUGCCAAGCCUCUGGUGACGGCUGCUGCCGAGCCUCCAGUGAAGCCUGUCACCAAACUGGCCAAGCCUCCGGUGAUGCCUGCUGCCAAGCCUCUGGUGACUGCUGCCGCCGAGCCUCCAGUGAAGCCUGUCACCAAACUGGCCAAGCCUCCGGUGAUGCCUGCUGCCAAGCCUCUGGUGACGGCUGCUGCCGAGCCUCCAGUGAAGCCUGUCACCAAACUGGCCAAGCCUCCGGUGAUGCCUGCUGCCAAGCCUCUGGUGACGGCUGCUGCCGAGCCUCCAGUGAAGCCUGUCACCAAACUGGCCAAGCCUCCGGUGAUGCCUGCUGCCAAGCCUCUGGUGACGGCUACUGCCGAGCCUCCAGUGAAGCCUGUAACCAAACCAUGGCAUCGUUUCCCUCUUCUCACCAAAUUGUAAUAAGACAUCUUUCUGUGUGUGGUUACUUUUUUCCAAUAAAUGCUUUAU